GUCAUGCAUACCAAAAGACCAGCGUAUUGUUUGUACACAAAUUCUCCAUCCGCUCUCACCAUACCGAUCAUGGAUCGGGUUGGGUGUGCGUGUCUGUGUAGACACUGGAGCUAGUUAUAAUAAACUUUUUUGCGCAUGCGUCAUUGGGAAUAGACAUGAUUGGGACCAUUAUAUUCUUCGGACUCUACCCACUAACUUGGUUUAUAAACCGCGUCUCAGAGACCGUGAAAAAGAGUUACUCUCCCGUAUUAAUUAAUGGCGGAGGACUUUGGGAUGGUGAACGUAGUGUUUCGACCAAAAGGUUUACAAAGACUCAGACUUCCCUGUUGGAUCUCUGGAUCAGUGGACCCGUCAAGGCCAAGAAAGAGACGGGGGAAAUGCUGAACGAGGUAGAACCAGAGGAGAAGAACAGAAUAAAGGCGGAAAAGGUCAGGCCUGCAUCGGAGGAAGAAGAAAACCCCGUUAAACCAAAAAUGGAGGACAGGUUGAUGGAGAAGAGUGAGGUACAAGUUGCAAAGCAGGAAGACGCAGACUUGAUUAGAGAACUACAGGAGGGGCGCGUCGGAGAAGAGCCACCACGCCACGAGAUUGAAGACACGAUCGUGAACGUCUUCUCUGAAACGUUGACGAUGGACACCGCGGAGGAGACGGCGCUUGUCUCAAUGGAGGAGUGUAAUACCAGUGGACAAACGCAGGAAUCAUUGGUCAAGGCCCCUGAACUCCCAAACGGUGAUCAAAACCAGUCCGUUAUCGACAACAUGACAGAGGAAAAUGGGGCGAGCCUUUUGGACCUGCAAGUUGACCUGUUACUGACAUCAAACAAGGCUCAAGUUCAAGAAGGGAAAGGUAGCACCCAGAUCAAAAUGCUCGCAAUGGAAGAACAUUGGGAUGAAUACAUUGACACCGACGCACUGGAUUCUGGGACUUGCGGUCCUGGGACAGACCUGCGGUGUGGGGACAGUCCUAGCCAGCCUCACCAGGCCGGUUGGCACUUCCCUGUCGGCCCGGGGCUGGGAGAGGUGGUCUACUGCCCUGCCUGGGAGUUCCCUGCCAUGAGCUACUACCCCACUGUGCAGGAAACCAUGCCCUUCGAAGUGAUGUGGAGGGUGUGGGAGCAGGUGGAGGAGGCCCCUCCAGCCUCAGACACGAGGCCUGUGUUCGACUUCACCGUCAUGUCCUACAACAUCCUGGCUCAGGACCUGCUGGAAACCAACCAGCAGCUGUACACACACUGCCCCCUAGAGGCGCUGCAGUGGGACUACCGCUUCCACAACCUGCUGCAGGAGCUCCAGAAGUGGGAGCCGGAUAUCCUGUGUUUACAGGAGGUGCAGGAGAACCACUACGAGCAGCAUCUGCAGCCAGCCCUGACUGACAUGGGCUACACCUGUGUGUUCAAACGACGGACAGGUGCCAACACGGACGGCUGCGCGGUCUGUUACCGUAGCGAUCGCUUCUCCCAGCAGUCCGUGAGUCUGCUGGAGUUCCUCAGGCCGCAGUGCCCCCUGAUGGACAGAGACAACGUGGCUGUUGUGUUGCUGCUCCAGCCGGUCAUCAUCCAGGGGUCAGAGGUCACCGCCACGGGCCCCCCCCUCUGCGUGGCCAACACCCACCUUCUGUUCAACCCCAGCAGGGGUAACGUGAAGCUGGCUCAGCUGGCCCUGCUCAUGGCCGAGAUCCACCGUGUGGUGGAGGGCUGCAAGGCCGCGGGGAACCCCUGUCAUGUGAUCCUGAGCGGAGACUUCAACAGCGUGCCCAACAUGCCCCUGUACCAGCUGAUCACCAGAGGGGCGCUGCACUACCACGGUCUGCCCAUCUGGAUGGUGUCUGGCCAGGAGGACAUGUCCUACAAAGCCCUCCAGCGCAGGCUGUACUCCCCGCUGUGGCCCAGCUCUCUGGGCGUCACGGACCACUGUCGCUACGCCAACGCCCCAGAGCGGUCCACCCAGGGAGCAGGGAGCCGAUACAGCCACGCCUUCAUGCUCCAGCUGCGCUUCUGUGAGGCUGCGUUUGUACGGCCACGGAACCUGGACAUGAUCCCUGGGGUGACUGAUAAUAAACCUGAUCCUGAAGCAAAGCAGCAGCAGCAGUUGUUGUCCCCAAGUUUCAGAAACACCAUCGACCACAGCUUGACCCUGCGGUCGGUCUACAGACACGUCCUGCCUGGCUCUGACCGCCCUGAGGUGACAACCCUGCAUUCUGAGGUUGGCGCCACAGUCGACUACAUCUUCUACACGGCAGGACCUGACCACAGAGGUCACCACCAAGGUGGGGAUCUGCCAACAGGAGGCCUGCAGCUGGUCAGGAGACUCUCGCUCCUGUCUGAAGAGGACCUGUGGGCGAUGAACGGUCUACCCAACCAGAUCUUCCCCUCCGACCACCUGAGUCUCCUGGCGAGGUUCCACCUGGAGGUUCCACCUGGAGGUUCCACCUGAGGUUCCACCUGAGGUUCCACCUGGAGGUUCCACCUGAGGUUCCACCUGGAGGAUCCACCUGAGGUUCCACCUGAGGUUCCACCUGAGGUUCCACCUGAGGUUCCACCUGAGGUUCCACCUGGAGGUUCCACCUGAGGUUCCACCUGAGG